AUGGACGCUUCUGUUGAUGCUCGGUCGCCACCGAGACCUGCGGCGAGUGCUGAGGCGGAGAACGCUGCGCUUGCAGUUCAGGUCCUUGAAAUAGGGCAGGAGAAAAAUGGCGUUGUUGAAGCAGUUGCGCACGAUGACGAUGGCCCUGCGAAGUCGAAGAAGUCGCCUCAGGCUGGCUUGAAAAACUACUUUCGAGUCUUUUCGUACGGAACUGCGUUCGACUUUGUACUCAUAGCGUUGUGCAGUAUUACUUCGAUAGGUUCAGGAGUCGCAUUCCCGCUGAUGAACGUCGUAUUUGUGGGCUCAUUUACGACUUACUUUAUUCCAGGUACAACGGUGACAUCUCCCUCGCUUCCGUUCAUCCUGGUGGUUUACGGUGUGCUGUUCCCACCAUUUAUGCGAAUACACAAGAUCACGGAGAAGUACCACGAUGAUGCUUCUGCCAUGGCAUUUGAGAUGUUCUCGUCCAUUCGCAUCAUCGUUGCGUUCGGUGCAGAGGCGAAACUGGCAAGACAGCAUGAAGAUAUGCUGGAUAAGGCUGCGAAGAAUGAAAAAAAGGCCGCUCCUCUGAUGGGGCUUAUGAUGUCACCUAUGAUGGUUGGACAGUAUGGUACUUUUGCCAUUGCCUUUUGGUUUGGUAUCAAGCGAUACUCCGAAGGCAAAGAGGCGAACGUUGGGACGAUAACAGUGGUGCUGUUUUCGGUGAUGAUGGCGCUGAUGAAUAUCAGCAGGGUCGUUUCUCCGAUGAUUGCUAUCGCAAAGGCUGCAACUGCCGCUACCGAACUGUUCGUCACCAUUGACGCACCGGUUCCCAAUACCGCGGGGCUGAAAGAGCCGGAUAUCACUGCAGAUGCUGAUAUUACAUUGGAUAAUGUGUGCUUUUCUUACCCCAGCCGACCGGACGUCCAGAUUCUCAAGGGCCUUGAUCUUGCAUUCGAAGCUGGCAAAGUCACUGCUAUCGUUGGUCCAUCUGGAAGUGGGAAAUCUACCAUUGUAGGUUUGGUACAGCGAUGGUACGAUCUCAGUGGUACGACAGCUUUAGCCGCACCUGCAACCCAGAUAUCCACCUCACCCUCUGCAACCGAAUUGACUCAGGAGAAGAAGGCCGAAGAAAGCAAGAACAAAGAAGAAGAGCCCGAAUUGGGACCCAACACAUGUACGGGAAAUAUAAAGAUUGGCAGCACUGACCUCAGCCAAGUCGAUCUCAAGUGGUGGCGAUCUCAAAUCGGUCUCGUCCAACAAGAACCCUUCCUCUUCAACGACACCCUCUACAACAACGUCGCGUUCGGUUUGAGUGGUACAAGCUAUGAAGGCUUGCCCAAAGAGGAAAAGAUGAAAAUGGUGGAGGAGGCGUGCCGGGAAGCCUAUGCCGAAGAAUUCAUCACAAAGCUACCCGACGGAUACGAUACCAUGGUGGGAGAAAGUGGCAUCAAGUUGUCAGGCGGGCAACGACAGCGUAUCUCAAUCGCAAGGAGUAUCAUCAAACAACCACCUGUAUUGAUUCUGGACGAAGCAACGAGCGCCAUCGAUGUUAGGACUGAGCGUAUUGUUCAGCAAGCACUGGAUCGCGUCUCCAAGAACAGAACCACCAUCGUCAUUGCCCAUCGCCUUUCUACUAUCAGAAGAGCGGAUAAGAUUGUUGUCUUGCGUCAAGGAAAACUCGUAGAGCAAGGUACACAUGAAGAUCUGCUGAAAAUUGACGCGGGUGUCUACUACGGUCUGGUUCACGCACAAGAGAUUGCCAUGGAAGCUGAGCAUACUGAUGACGACAAUGUACUGGAAAAGGUCAAAACUACUCGAUCUGAGGUCAUCGAGAAGCAUACCCACUGGAUCCUAUACGCGCUCGCUAUUGCAGGCAUCUUGGCAAGUGGCGCUGUCUACCCCCUUCAAGCUUGGAUCUUCGCCAGCGUCAUCAAUGUGUUUACACUGCCAAUGAAUGAACUUGUCAGCCAAGGUAACUUCUGGGCAGGCAUGUUCGGUGUACUGGCAGCAAGCACCUUUUUGUCAUACUUCACCAUGGGUGCGGCAUGCCAACUCAUUGCAAUUACAGUCACGCUCAAGUACAGACAAGAGUACCUGGACAACCUUAUUCGGAAACGCAUCGCAUUCUUCGACGACCAGGGGCACAGUCCCGGCUCCCUGACCGCAAGCUUGAGUUCAGAUACGACGCAGAUUCAGCAGCUGAUGGCGACGGAAAUGUCCAUGGCGCUCAUUGCUGUUGUCAAUCUCGUGGGAUGUAUCAUCAUCUCAUUCGUCUACGGUUGGAAACUCUCUCUCGUCGGCCUCUUUGCUGCUCUCCCGCUCAUUCUCGCUGCCGGCUACCUCCGCGUGCGUCUCGAGAUGGAGUUUGCAAAGACAAACGCCAAAGUGUUCGAAAAUAGUAGCCAGUUUGCUGCUGAAGCUGUUGGCGCUUUUCGUACUGUACUCAGUCUUAUCAUGGAGGAUAUGAUCGGGAAUCGGUACGAGUCACUACUACAGGGCCAUGUUACAAAGGCCUUUUCAAGCGCAAAAUAUAGCACUGCAGUCUUUGCAGCGAGUGAUAGCGUUGAACUGGGGGUUAUGGCACUUACGUUUUGGUAUGGUGGUACUUUGCUUGCGUCCCGAGAGUACAAUAACGUCGACUUCUUCGUCAUCUAUCAAGCAAUCGUACAAGGCGCCGUCGCAGCGGGCAUGUUCUUUUCUUUUGCACCCAACAUGGCCCAGGCGACGGCUUCCGCGAACCGCAUUAUCAGCAUGCGUCCGCAAAAUACCUCAGGCCCUUCCAAAUACCAGCCGUUGGAACAAACUACCCAAGGCGGAAGUAUCGAGUUCCAGAACGUAUAUUUCACAUACAAGUCGCGCGAAGUACCCGUCCUAUCCAACCUCAACAUACACGUCCGCCCAGGCCAAUUCGCCGCUCUUGUAGGCGCCUCCGGCUGCGGCAAAUCAACGACCAUCUCGCUCCUCGAGCGCUUCUACGACGCAUCAUCCGGUCGUAUCCUCUUCAACGGCUAGGACAUCACCUCGCUCAACGCAUCCGAAUACCGCAAGCAAAUCAGCCUCGUCAGCCAAGAACCUACACUCUACGAGGGUACAAUCCGUGAAAACAUCGCGCUAUCCGUCGACGCCGCAAGCGACGAGGAUAUCGAGAAGGCAUGUCGUGACGCCCAGAUACACGACUUCAUCACCUCGCUUCCGAAUGGGUAUGAGCAGCGGCUGGGGCCAAAGGGCUUGUCGUUGUCUGGGGGUCAGAAACAGCGGUUGUCGCUUGCGCGUGCGCUGCUUCGUAAGCCUAAACUCUUGUUACUGGAUGAGGCGACUUCUUCGCUGGACUCGGAGUCGGAGAAGUUGGUGCAGGAGGCUAUUGAGCGUGCUGCAGGAGAGGGGAGUAAAACGGUUAUUGCGGUUGCGCAUCGUCUUGCUACGAUUCAAAAGGCGGAUGUUAUCUUUGUGAUGGGGAGUGGUAAGGUAUUGGAGAGGGGUGACCAUCAGAGUUUACUGAGGAAGAGGGGAGUUUAUUGGC